CUGGUGUUAGGUUGAGAUUGGUGCAGAAAGCAGCUCUAGAAUUCAUCCGACCGGCGGUUCCGGUGCCGUGAUAACGAUGAUUGCGCCAGGUGCCAGUGGCCGUGCCUUACCGAGGGUCAGUAACAGUGCGGUGUGUUUUCUCGCUCUCAUAUGCGCCACAUUCCUGUGUUUGCUGCCACUUCCAACGGUGUACGGUGCUGCGCAGAAUUUUAAUAUCUUUAAGAACCAACGUUUGCCAAACAACAUACAAGAAAAUCGACCCUAUUCGCUACAAUCACGUUUCGAUGCGGGUUCACAACAAGACGAAGGAACGAUACACUUUCCAGAUCACAAUGUGCGGCUGUCAGCGUUAAAACAACCGAAAUCUGGCGCGAUGCAAUUCGCCUGGAGUCUGUUCAAGACUACGAUACUGCCGCAAGAAGGAAACGCGGUUAUCUGCCCGAUACUGCCGCAAACACUCCUGGCCAGUCUGUACGACGCGGCCGACAACAGUGCCAAGUACGAACUUCGCUCCUCAUUGAUGGCCUCCUCGCAGGAUCUGCAACCGCUCAUACGCGACCAGCUGAUGGCUGCUAACGGGUCGUCGGUGAACACCUUCGACUACGCCAUGGCAUACUUUCUCGGCGCGGACGCAGUUAUCUCAAAAGACAUCCACGACAAAGCCCUCCAGGAUGGGGUUUCAUUCCAGCAGGUCAACUUCCUGAAUCGCAACGAGGCAGCCGCCACUGCCAACCGUUGGGUGACGGAGAAAACACGUGGAACUAUACGAGAGAUUGUUGCACCCAAUGCUCUGGACUCCUCAACUCGGCUGCUGAUGGCCAGUGUGAUUUACUUCAAGGGAAAAUGGAAGUAUCAGUUCACCAAGACGGACAUGGGAUUGUUUGAGCCCAGCACCGACAAAGCCAGCAGCCACCAGGUACCCAUGAUGUAUCAGUUCAACAAGUUCCGAUACGGCGAGAAGACGUUCUCUGAUGGUAACGGUAUGCGGUGGAUUGAGCUACCAUACGAGGGCUCCAAAACGCUUUCGAUGAUCCUGAUGCUGCCGAUGGUACGGCACCAGCUGCAACGAUCUGCCGAGCAGCUCACCGUUGAGGACGUGAGCGAUAUUCUUGCGGGUCUGAAGCAACCACGCACCUUCUUGAAGGUCCAUCUGUCCGUGCCAAGGUUUAGCGUAUUCAGCUCCAGUACGCUGGUACCGGCGUUGAAAAGUAUGGGCCUAAGAUCGAUCUUUGAGCGAUCGUCAGCCCUCAGUGGUCUAUCCAACGAACAGCUCGUCGUACGUGACGUUACCCAGCGAACAUUUGUCACGAUCGACGAACAGGGUACCACGGCUUCCUCGGCGGCAUCUCUGUCGUUUGUGGCACUUAGUGCAGCACCACCGCUUCCGACCAUCAAUUUCACCGUGAACGAACCCUUCCUGCUGAUGAUCGUGGACAAAACGCACGAGUAUCCGAUGUUCGUUGCAAAAGUGACCUCACCCGAAACUCACUAGCUUCCUAAGUGCUGCGCCCAAACUGCUUGAGCGUUAUCUGCGUUAUGGGCGUGUACGUUGUAUCGACGUACUUAUCUUUUUCCGCUUUAUGUUCCGCCAACGAAUAUAAAUAAAUACAAUGUUGUAAACAUCUUCGAA